ACAUAUCUUGACUGAAUUUGCACCUUCUAUAGCAAUGGCCUCCAGCAACUACUUCUUCUUGGCUUUCUUUGUGGCUAUCAUGACAUUUUCAAGCAUGGAAGUUGGGCUAGCGGCUCGUCAUCUUUUACAGAUACCCCAACUGCCUCCCAUGCCGAGUUUGCCUACACUGCCACCAUUGCCUGCCAUACCAAAUUUACCACAACCUACAUUGCCAACAACUCAACCAUCACUGCCUACGAUCCCUACUACACUUCCGCCACUUCCUAGCAUGCCCAACAUGCCCACUCUCCCGAAGCUCACAUUGCCUCCAUUGCCAAGCAUGCCUUCUCUUCCAACAAUGCCAACUACGAUUCUGUCUAUUCCGUUCCUCUCUCCACCUCCAGCUACCACCAGCCCUUGAGAACGUUGUCUCUGAUUGAUCAUCACACUAUUCAUUCUUGCUUCUUUAUGGAUCACUCAUCUUUGUAUUAAUUUGUAUUUGUAAUUUAUGUUUUUGUUUGAUGAGAUCAGUCUCGUAUGUUUGAUGUAUUUGCAGGUGUUAUAUAUUAAUAUACAUGGAGUUUUAUUUAUUCA